GGGGGGCGCUAGUUUCUCCCCUCUAGUCUCCUGUCGAGGGGGAAGGGUCUGCUCUGAUUCCAACUCACAGCUGCAAGGCCUGGCCAGGGUCCUCCUGGACUUGCGCGGGGCGGGGGCACAGUGAGAAAGGGUUGAGCAGUUGGCAUGGGUAAUUGGAAAGACUUCUGGUGUCUUCCAAUGGCAGGGUUGGCAGCUGAGGAGGAGGAGAGCCAGCUCUAGUGACUCUCCUGUCUGUGUGUCCCUCGUGUACACCCCCCCCCACACACACACACACAUCACCCUUAAAGGCCGACUGCCCCUUUCACCAUUACCAAAGCAUUUCUAGGCAGAGUUACUCACCGGAGGACAGGACACUUCUGCUAUCCUGAGCAGCCUUGGCCAUGCCCCUAGCCUGCCCUUGGUGUCUUGUGCUGAGCUCUAAAGAGGAGAUAGAUUCUGUCCUGCCUGCCUUUUGUGAGCUGUGAUGCGGUGGUGGUAUGUAUAUUUUGUGAAUGACAAGGUGUCAUACAAGUGUGUACACCAUCUAAGAUCUUUAGGGUUUCUCUCCCCAGCUACUGUUGGCCCCAGUGGUCCCCUCAGCUAGAGCAGAGGCUCAGCCUUCACUGAGACCGUCUCAGUCACGUCCCAGGCCAACCCCUGCCUCAGGUCUUCCUGAGACCCACUGUCUGUCUCCAGUAGGAGUGAGGGGCUUGUAGUAAAAAAUACACCUGGCUAUUAUUUACCUGGGACUUACCUUCUGCCAGAUGCUUUACAGGGAUUAUCACAUUUAUGCCUGACAGCAGUCCCGGAAGAGGGAGGUGAUGUUAUCUCAUUUAACUAGAUGGACUCAGGGCAUGACAAGUAUGUACCCAAGGUCACAGGAUCCCAAGUCAGGUUUUUAUUUCAUGACUCAAGCAAGCUGCUAUACACUGAACACCACAGAGAAAAAGGAGUUCCGCCAUUCAGCUCCAGGAAGUUCACUGGUGAAUAUAUAUGGUAUGUGUGCGCGCGCGCGCGCGUGCGUGCGUGCGUGCGUGCGUGCGUGCGUGUGUGUGUGUGUGUGUGUGGUGUAGAGAUGUGUGCAUUGGUGGGGAUAGCAGAUGAGGGUCAUCUGGGAAAUCCACUGUCCCCUCUGAACCCUGCCUGCCACCAGCCAGGAAGGAAUAGAGACUGGCUCAUCCUUUUAGUCCUCCAGCCUUGUGAGAGAAUGGAGAGAGACUGAGGAGGAACAGGGAUAGGGAGAGACAGGUGGGCCUUGGUGGUGUCCUUCACUUUGUCCUCAUUAGAACCAUAGAUUAAGGGAUUGGGGGAUUCUGGGAAGGAAGCAGAAGGCACGCCCAUACGCUAUUUGGGGUGCCUCAUCUCAGCACGGUGACUGGCUCUGAGGGGGUGGAUCCAGGGCUAGCCUGGGCCUGGGAAGGUAGCUGCUGCUGCAGCUGCGGCUGCUGGCCAAAUCCAGAAGGAAGGAAAGGACCUAGGGCACUUCCCAGUGAGCACAUGGCCACAGGCCACCUGUAUGGCCGUCCGAUGUCCAGUGGCUAGCAGCCCAGGCAAUCCUCAGAUGCUGGGCCAGAGGAAACCAGGGUCUGAAUGACAGGGAGGGGCAUGAGGAGGAGGGGGCUCUCUCCACCCUUCAGCAUAACCUCUACCCUGAGGACUCUCCAGCUUUGGUGGCCUUGUGUCCUGCUUUGGGUGUGAACCCGGGUGUUCUCCCACUCUGUGGAAGGGAAAGUCCAAAUUCAUAAGCCCCAAAGAGGCAGGCCCUCCAGGUUUGAGACAUCUGUUGCCGCCUGAAGUCUGUACUCUAAGGCAGACCAAGGUGUUCUGUGAGAGUUUCCUGCUGUGCUUGCUGAGAAAGGCUGUUCCUUCAUCUUAAGCCAGUACAGCUAUGGAGAAGGGGGUUGGGCUUACUCGGCAUCACCACCAUGAGCGAGGCGUUUGACUGUGCCAAAUGCAGUGAGUCCUUGUAUGGCCGCAAAUACAUCCAGACAGACAGUGGCCCCUACUGCGUGCCCUGCUAUGAUAACACCUUCGCCAACACCUGUGCCGAGUGCCAACAGCUCAUCGGGCAUGAUUCAAGGGAACUGUUCUACGAGGAUCACCACUUCCACGAGGGCUGCUUCCGGUGCUGCCGCUGCCAACGCUCCCUGGCUGAUGAGCCCUUCACCUGCCAGGACAGCGAACUGCUCUGUAACGAGUGCUACUGCACAGCCUUCUCUUCACAGUGCUCAGCCUGUGGGGAGACUGUCAUGCCUGGGUCCCGGAAGCUGGAGUAUGGAGGCCAGACAUGGCAUGAACAUUGCUUUCUGUGCAGUGGGUGUGAGCAGCCUCUAGGUUCCCGCUCCUUCGUGCCCGACAAGGGCGCUCACUACUGCGUGCCUUGCUAUGAGAACAAGUUUGCUCCUCGGUGUGCCCGCUGCAGCAAGACGCUGACUCAGGGUGGAGUAACAUAUCGAGAUCAACCCUGGCAUCGAGAAUGCCUGGUCUGCACUGGGUGCCAGACGCCCCUUGCGGGGCAGCAGUUCACGUCUCGGGAUGAUGAUCCCUACUGUGUGGCCUGUUUCGGAGAACUCUUUGCACCCAAGUGCAGCAGCUGCAAGCGUCCCAUCACAGGCGGGAGCGGUGGCGAGGCCGCAGGACUCGGUGGAGGCAAGUAUGUGUCCUUCGAAGACCGACAUUGGCACCACAGCUGCUUCUCCUGUGCCCGCUGCUCCACCUCCCUGGUGGGCCAAGGCUUCGUACCAGACGGAGACCAAGUUCUGUGCCAGGGCUGCAGCCAAGCAGGGCCCUGAGCCAAGGCUCCUGACUCUCCCCUUUCCCAAACUAAGGGUUCGAGACUAUGGCUCCUUUUCUGAACCACUUCUGGGACCCAGCUCCUCCUUAGAAUGGGCCUCCACCUGCCCCUGCACAGUGUGGAACACCCAUGACUUAAACUCUCUCUCCAAGUCUGGACUGCAGAAAUGGGUCCUUCCCUCUAUACUUUUUUUGGGUUCUCAGAUCUAGCUCCUUCCCCAGAUCAAGGCCUUAGUAGACACCCCAAACCCCCAAACCUGGACCUAGGCCUCCCUAAAUCUAGACUUCUUGGAAGGUAGAUUUUUAGGUUUCCUAUGGGUGCCUGAGAAGUCCUCAAAGAUAGAUUGUACCCUAGUUUGAUCUCAUCCCCAUUCCACCCCUAUCUCUGGGCUGAAACUGUCUGGAUAGCAGAUUAGGGGCUCCCUGGUUAGAGGGUCAUAAGGUACAGGGUGCUGUCCAGCCUAUGAGUACCAUUUUAGUUUAGCUCCAUGUUGCCCAGAGGUAGGAAGGAGAGGUGGCUCACCCUACUCCCAGAUUCUGCAAUAAAACUGUGAGGGAGCACA